CUAGUGCUUCUGACUCAUUUCCUCCUCGUCCGGGAUCGGAGUUCGGAAAUCGGAGAUCGUGAUCGUCCCAUCUCAUUUCAUUCGCUCUUCCGCUUCGCAAUCUUAGUGAAUCCGGCGGCGAUGACGAGCAAACGUAAGAUUCUUCCCCGCAUCCGUUGCCGCUUCAGCUUUCACUAUGUCCCAGCUGCUGUUUACGCCGGUUUAUACGCGAAGCAAAAACAGGUUGUCAUCAUACCUGAUUCAUCAAAAGCAUCGGAAAUAACCAAUUCUCCCAGUUCAAACUUGAUGGAAUUAGGGAAUCCUAGCUCUGUUGCCCCUGUACCUGAUUCUUCGGCAACAUCAGAAGCAUUGGAAGUUACCAUGUCGCCCGGCCCAAACUCGAUGGAAUUAGGGAAUCCUCGUCUUCAUUUGGCGGAUGAACUUAUCAUUCAGGCUCUUGCUGCUGACGCAGCUGCUCAAUCUCCUAAGAAUGGAGCCAACUUUGAUUGUCCCGUAUCAAGAGAGCUUAACCAAAAUCCAUGCUUGAAGUCGAUCCCAAAUCAUGGCAAAUUAUAUGAAUUUGUGGCUAUGAAGUAUGAUACAAGUAGAAGUGAUAUUGUUUCAUGCAAUUCAUGCUCCACUGAGUCCAGUUAUUGUUGGAAUUAUUGUUUGGUUUCCAACCGUUACGACAAUUCCAUGUCCUCCGAAUCCUUCGAUGUGCAAAGGGAAGUGCAGGAAAUGAGGGAAGAACAUGGAGAAGAAUUGUCUACAGUUGGAGAUAUUUAA